GCUAUGCUUUAUGAGAACUCAGAUGAAAGCAAAAAACCCUAAACCCUAGCGGAUCUUCUCUGUUGCGAGCGUUUUCUGGAGCUUGGAAGGAAGAUGAAUCACAUAGCAGCCAUGGAAGAACAGGUGGUUUCUGAGAGAAUGAGGCAAAAGUUGAACGAAGUUAACAUGGCUGCGCAGGCUCAACUCGGUCCUAUUCAAGACCACGUCAAUUUUACUCUUCAGCAAGCGUAUUUCAAAUGUGCCUAUGAGUGCUUCGAUAGGAGAAGAAAGCAGGAAGAGAUUAGUAAUUGCGUUGAGAAUUGUAGUGUUCCAGUUGUCAAAGCGCAGCAACAUGUUGAGAAUGAGAUGGCCAAGUUUCAAGAAAGAUUAAACAGGUCACUAAUGGUGUGCCAGGACAAGUUCGAAGCAGCUAAGCUUCAACAGAAAACUAACAGCGUGUAUGAAUUGGAGUCAUGCGUGGAUUCAUCAAUACAAGAAAGUUUGAAUACGCUUCCACACCUAGCUAAUAAAUUAAAAGCUUCCUUCAAUAUCAGGAAUCAAGUUUAAUGAGAGUUUGUAUGGCUUCAUUUUGCUCAUUUUAAUAGGAUCCUUCACACUGGCUAUGCCUAUUGCAACCCCAAUUAUCGUUUAUAUUUUUUGUAAUUUCAAUUCAUUGACCUCGAUUAUGAACUUUCCCAGGGAAUAUGGGCGCUAGCUGAAGCUCAUCCCUGACUUGAACGACAGGAUAUUCUGACCCAUUGUAUACGAUUUGAAUGAAUAACAAUGUGGAAUGACUUUGUUCUAA